UGGAGCCACUGGGAAAAGAACCGGAAACUUAGCGACUAAGUUCCGAGCCCCGCCCCUCGCCUCGCUGCCCCGCCGUCUGGCCCCGCGGACCCAGGACCCACCGACCCAGAACCGACUAAGCUGCCAGGCUCUCGCGUGCGCCAUGUCUGGUUCCUCCAGCGUCACCGCUAUGAAGAAAGUUGUUCAACAGCUGCGGCUGGAAGCCGGGCUCAACCGCGUGAAGGUUUCCCAGGCAGCUGCAGAUUUGAAACAAUUCUGUCUGCAGAAUGCUCAACAUGACCCCCUGCUGACUGGAGUAUCUUCAAGUACAAAUCCCUUCAGACCCCAGAAAGUCUGUUCCUUUUUGUAGUGAAACUAAUCUUUGGAGGUUUUCUAAACCACUUUUCAUGAAUCAGUGAAUAUUCACCGGAGAGCUAAAUCUGAUGCCUGUACAAAAAGCUUCUGCCUAUAACAUGUGCCAUACUAUAUACAAACUUCUGCUUUUGUCAGUCCUUAACAUCUACCUCUCUGAAUUUUCAUGAAUUUCUAUUUCAUAAGGGAAAUUAUUUUAUAUACACUGGUAGCAGCAUACAAUAAAAUACUUAGUAUUAAGUGGA